UCGCAGUGGACGACGGGAUUGCUCUCCGGCGCCGCCAUCUUGAACGCUGGCUGCUUUUGGUUCUGUGAAGUAAAGGCAUCGUUCUGUCGGUAAUUACCGGGAAGUUGGGAAUUCAGACAUGUCUUCGAGUAGCAGUGGUUCCCGAUCUGCCGAGAGACGCCGUUCUCAUUCCACCCCUCAAAAACACUCCAAGACAGAAUCCUUCUCUGGGCGCUCAGCGAGCUGUGACGUUGACAAUACAGAAGGUUCCCCUCGUUCUUUUUCUCCCAUCUACCAUGACACUUUUGAAAGUGAGAACAAAGACCGUGACUCACAGUCAAGGAUGCUGGAGAAUGACUCUGGAUCAAAGUGCCCUAGUGAUUUAAUUGAACAAUCUCUAGCGGAUAUGCACCUCUCCCCUUGGGAGAUGUGGUUGCUCAACAAAGAAAGAAAAUCUCGCAUCGAGCUGCAGAAAAAAUUGUCUGAGGAGAUGAAACUAGAAGAGGAAAGGAGAAAAGCUCAAGAGAAAAAAGAACUGCAAAAACGACUGGCAGAAGAACAACACAAGGACUGGGUGCGGAGAAAACAAGAGCAGGAAAGAAAGGAGAAGGAGGAAAAACUUCUGAAGGAAAAGCAGAAGACCGAAGUGCAAGAGCAACGGAAAAGUUCUGUACAAGAGAGGAGUAAAGAAAAGUAUCAAGAAUGGUUGAGCAAAAAGAAAGAAGAGGAACAAGAAAGAAAACGAAAAGAAAAAGAAGAAGGUGAGAUGCGUCUAGCUGAGCAGAGAGCUAAGAAAGAACAGGCAGAGCAGAUAUUCCAGGAGUGGCUAGAACAGGCUAAAAACAAGCCACUACCAACUUCAAACAGCUAUGGCUAUGUCAACGGGAAAUUAACAGGCUAUUAUGAUGGAAGUUCCUACCCUGCUCCAACUUUUUAUAAUCCAGUACCUUGGAAACCAAUCCAUGUACCUCAACCACCAAAGGCAAGUGUCAAAAACCCGAAUGGAAAGAAGAAGAAAAGAGCAGUUUCAAGCUUGUCAUAUCGGCCUACUACAGCUUUGCCCUAUAAGCCCAAGGAUAAUCUUCAUGUUGGUGUGGGAAUGAUCAAGAGAUAGCUUCCAUCACAUAGACAGCAGAAAAAAAAGAAAAGAGGGGAGUAAAGGCUUCCACGAAGGGUUCGAUUUUCAGCAAUUCCUGUUUAUUUGGCUCAAAUUCGAGCUGCAAGUGGCUCUGUUGGUCCCAGUUGACUCAAGACCAAACGGCGUGAAAAAUUACAGAAUUUAUCGGACUAUAACGCGCCCCGGCGUAUAGCGUGCACCCUCGAACUUGAAGGCAAAAUUCCCGCAAAAAAAAAAAAAAAUACUUUGUUUGGAUGCCCCUCGUCGGUGUCUUGUC